AUGCAGCAACUAUUCCAUGAAAAUUAUGAACACAACAGAAAAGGAUAUAUUCAAGAUUUGCACAACAGCAAAAUUCAUACAGCUAUAACAUUGCACCCUAAUAAAAGACCAGCCUACCAGUACCGACUGCAUAAUUAUAUACUAAGCCGGAAGAUUUCUGAACUGCGCUUUCACACCAUCCAGCUACACAGGGAAAGUGUUGUGAUGAGCAAGCUCAGUAACACAGAGAUAAGCAAACUAGACCAGCAGCUUGGUAUGAUGCCAUCUUUCAAUAGAUUUCAGCCACGAGAAAGGAGCGAAGUAAUUGAAUGGGAGUUUCUCACAGGAAAACAUAUUUAUUCAAUGUCUGCAAAUGCUCCACCAUGCCAGAGUCUAAAUAACCUUCUCAAGGUGUCUUUGGAUGACACAGUGAUGCAAGUGAUGGAAAUGAUCAAUGAGAAUUCCAAAUCAAGAGGAAGGUUAAUCGAUUUCAAAGAAAUCCAGUAUGGGUACCGGAGGAUCCAUCCUAUGUAUGGAGUGGAAUAUAUAUUAGAUUUGUUGCUGUUAUAUAAAAGGCAUAAAGGAAGAAAGCUAACUGUUCCGGUAAGGAGGCACGCAUACCUACAACAAUCAUUUAGCAAGCCAUUUUUCAAAGAGGAAGAAGAGUUGGAUGUGCAGAGUUUUCUCCAGAGCAUCAAUAGUGAUACUCAGUCCUUUUCAUUUUUUUCCAGUUCUUUGAAAAUGUUUUCUGCCCUUCACGUGACUAAAGAAAUGAAAGAAAACAUCAACAAAAAAAUACACUUCCUUGUCCCUCUCACCGGAAGGUACGAUAUCUUUACAAGGUUUAUGGAAAACUAUGAGAAAGUCUGCCUGAUUCCAAAGCAGAAUGUGAAGCUGCUGAUUAUUUUAUUUAGCUCUGAAAAAGACUCGGACUCCAAUAAGCACAUGGAACUCAUGGCUGAAUACCAAACUAAAUACCCACAAGCAGAAAUGUCAAUCAUGAAAAUGUCAGGAUCCUUUUCCAGGGGGUUGAGCCUUGAAAAGGGCUCUGCUCAGUUUGACAAUGACACACUGCUGCUGUUUUGUGAUGUAGAUUUAAUCUUUACAUCAGAUUUUCUACAGCGAUGUCGAGACAACACUGUGCAAGGACAGCAAGUAUAUUACCCUAUUGUAUUCAGUCAAUAUGAUCCAAAAGUAGUUUACGGAGGAAAUCCUCCCACAGACAGCAACUUUGUUUUUACAAAGAAAACCGGCUUUUGGAGGGACUACGGUUUUGGAAUUACUUGUAUUUAUAAAAGUGAUCUGCUACAAGUUGGCGGGUUUGAUACCUCUAUUCAAGGUUGGGGAUUAGAAGAUGUGGAUCUCUUUACUAAAGUUUUGUCUUCAGGGCUGAAGGCCUUUCGUAGUCAAGAAACAGGGGUAGUUCAUGUGUUUCAUCCUGUCCAAUGUGACCCUAAUUUAAACCCUAAACAAUAUAAAAUGUGCUUGGGUUCUAAAGCAAGUACAUUUGCAUCUGCUGCUCAGUUAGCAGAAAUAUGGUUAGAGAAACAUUUAGGUUUUGGCUAUAACCGAACUCACUCCUGA